AUGUCCAGUGAGGAGCACCACCACCACAUGCUGGAUGUGAGGCGAGCUCUGGCUUUUCACCUGGAACAUACAAAAUUGUUCAGGAAGUCCUCAGCUGAACGCAUGAGAGGCCGGCCAGUCUCCAGCUGGAUCACCUCGUAUCCAUACCUGCUACGACCUGACGGGAGUCCCCCCGCCGCCAAUGGGAGGGCACGCUUCACUAGGGCACAAGCCUCGUCAGCUGCCUUUCUGGCCCAUGUCCCCAUCCAGGACAUUUGUAGGACUGCCACAUGGUCAUCGGUUCACACGUUCACCUCGCACUAUGCGACUGUCUCCCAGACCAGUGACCCUGCCUACGAGCCAGGUGCCCAGGAGAGCUGGACAGGGGAGACCGAUGACCCCGAGGCAGUAGAUCUGUGCCCGGCUGGUGUCUCAGCGGCGCCCGUCACCGAGGCAUCGGGGCGGGGGAUCCCUGGAUGGGGGCAGACCUGGAAGCCGCGGCAGAUGCAGAGCCCGGCCGGCAUGGAGGCGGCAGCCCCGACCCGGUACCAGCGGCUGGGGGACAGUGACGGGGAGGUGAUGGAGCUGCGGACCAGACCGGGCUGCACAGGGACAUUCGGCCCAGAUGGGCGCUGGCCCUGCCGCAAGCUACGUGGCUUUGCCCGACUCUGGGCACUGCUGGGGCGGGACCAGACAGGCAGCCCGAGGGAGCUGCAGCGGGAGGGGCCUGGACCAGGGCCCCGCGUCUGCCCCAGCGAGGCGCUGGCUGUGCUGCUGGGAGCGCUCAGGCCAGUGGCAGGGAAGGGAUCCCCGCUUCAGCAGCACCACCGGGAGACCUGCACCCGCAUCUUCUCAGCCCUGGUGCUGCUGGCACUGGCCUUGGCCUUGGCCUUUUACCAGAUGACCGUGGGCGCCUCGUGGCUGGGCGGUGCCCAGGCUCACGGGCAGGAUGGUGGCACCGGGCAGAUGGGGGCACAGAAGGAGCCUGGAGACGUCCCAUCGGCAGCUCACAUGCAUGCACGGGGUGUUUACUAUCAUGCCACCCUCAUCAGCAGCUCAAAGACCUGCUCCCGCCAGGUUAAGGACCUGCUGGUGGCCGGAGGGAACAUGGUGGAUGCUGGGAUUGCAGCUGCGCUCUGCCUGAGGCUGGUCCACCCGCAUGCCGUGGGGCUGGGCGGCCUGUUCUCAGCCCUGCUGCACGCCUCAUUGGGCCGCACCGUGGUGCUGAACGCCGUCCCGCGCCAUGGCUUCUCCCGGCACUAUGGGCUCCCUGUGGCCCUGCCAGGUCUGCAGCUGCUGCACCGGCACUUCGGCCGCCUGGCCUGGCCAUGCCUGCUGGAGGGGCCGGCGGCUCUGGCGCAGUGAGGCGUCAGCAUGGACCGGGAGCUGGCUGCGGCCCUGCAGGAGAGCGCGGGCGCGGUGAAGGCCUCAGGCCUCUGAAGCCUCUUCUGCGAUGGGGCCGGGGAGCUGAAGGGCCAGGGCACGCUGGUCACCCAGCCCCGGCUGGCGGCCCUGCUCCGGGCGGUGACAUUGGGGGACGAGGCCCUGCCCCAGGCCCUGGCCCUGGCCCUGGCCCUUGCCCCUGCCGAGCGGGAGCCCUUCCUGCAGGCCAUGGGGGACUUGGGGCUGGAGCUGCAGAGCCCCCUGGCCAUGCAGCUGGGUGACACCUGGCUGCAUGGAGCCCCGGCCCCCGGCGGCAGCCUGCUGGCCGGCGUCCUCGAGGCGGUGCGGGGAGCCGAGCCCAGAGCCGUGCCUGAGCCCUGCCUGAGGGCCCUGAGCGCGGCCUGGCGUGGCUACUCCCGGGCACUUGGGGGGGCCGUGGCUGGGGGCCCCUCAGCCCGGCCCCCUCGCCUCGGCAGCCACCUGGCAGUGCCAGACAGCCAGGGGAACGUGCUGCUGCUCUCGGCCUCUCUCAGCAGCUCCUUCGGCUCCAGAUUCCUGGCGCCCGCCUCGGGCAUCGUGCUGAGUGACCUGACAGCGGCCGCGGGGCCUGGCCUGCUCUCCUGCCUGGGGGAGGAGGGGACAGUGGUGGGGCUGGGGGCCGCAGGGGGCAGUGCAGCCCCCCUGGCCCUGGCCCUGGCCAUUAUAAACCAGGUGUACCUGGGGCAGCCCGUGCAGGAGGCGCUGGAGAGCCCACGGCUGCAGCUCAGGGGCAGGGGAGAUGGGGCCUCCCAGGGCUGUGGGCCGGGCACCCCGUCAAAUGUGUCCAGGGGCGAGUGGGGGGGCCCACAGGCGGGCCCCUGGGUGCUGCAGGUGUCAUCACAGGGUGAGCACGCACAUGCCUUCGCCGCCCCAGCCACGUGCUGCCAUCACGAGGGGUAUUAG